AAAGGUCGUCUCUGCUGUAGAGAAUAGUUUGUUCCUGAUGAUUGGACAUGGCGAGUAAAGAAGGUUUUUAAUAGCUGUCAAGGAUCUAUUGAAGGCGUAAUAUUUAAAGUAAACCUCUAUAUAACAUCAUUAAUUCCGAAGUCGAGAGACGAAACAAUUGUGUUUGCUUCUGGAAGAAAUAUUUAAUUUUAUUAUUGUCCGUGUCCAUUUAUUCCAAAGAAUAUCCUACAGCUACACAGAAUGAAAAUGUCCAUAUUGAAAUUUUACGAAAAUCGUGAAGUUUUUUUAACAGGAGUAACGGGAUCAUUGGGAAAGGUGCUUUUAGAGAAAUUGCUAAGAUCUUGCAAUGUACGAAUAAUUUACAUUUUAAUCAGAAGCAAGAAAGGAAUUCCAGCGGAAGAGAGGAAGACAGAAUUGUUUCGUUCUAAAAUCUUCAAAAGUGUUUUACUAAAAAAUCCGGAUAUUUACAACAAAGUGAAAUGCAUCGAAGGAAACCUCACUCGAGAGAAUUUAGGAAUUUCUUAUUCGAAUAUGAAUUUGAUAACGAAGAAUGUUUCGGUGGUGUUUCACUUGGCCGCUUCAGUUAAAUUGACUGAAUCUUUUCGAGAUGCAUUCGUCAAUAACGUGGAAACGACGAAAAAUGUGGUCGAAGUUUGUCGCCAAAUGAAAAAUUUAUUGGUACUAGUGCACACGUCUACAGCUUAUUCUUUCUGCAAUAAAAAGGAAGUGGAUGAGAAAAUCUAUACGAUGUACAGAACUUAUAAAGAAUUUAACAACAUCGCGAAUCCAGAGAAUAAUGCUUCAGUGGAGAUAACAGACGAAAAUCUUUUGGAAAAUCGACCCAACACGUAUGCUUUAACAAAGGCCAUAACAGAAAAUUAUUUAAAUAAUUUCUGUAGAGAUUUGCCUAUAGUAAUUGUAAGACCUUCCAUUGUGGGUAGUACUUGGAAGGAACCUUUUGCAGGAUGGAACGAUAUGAAUAGUGGAGCAGAUUAUAUAGCUGCAACUGGAUUGAAAGGAAUACUUCGAAGCAUAUUGUGUGACAAAGAGAAAAUUUGCGAUUUCAUUCCAUCGGAUGCAGUGAUUAAUUUAAUGUUGUCUGCGGCUUGGAGAAAGUCAACGACUCCUCAUGAAAGAGAAGAUGAAAUUCCAGUUUACAAUUGCACUUCAGGAUCCAUAAAUCCUUUCACUUGGCAACGGUUUUUCAAAUGUUUAAAUACGUAUUAUUGGAAAUAUCCCUCAGAGAAUACCUUUUUAUAUCCAACAAAUAUACCCAAGAAGAGUUAUUAUUGGAAUCGAGUAUGUAUUGCGAUGCAACAUCGACUUCCUGCAAUGCUAACCGAUGUAUUUCGAGUUGCUAUUGGCAGGAAACCAAAGAUGAUGACCGUCUACAACAAAGUUCAGAAGAGGAUGAAACUUAUAGAAUACUUUACUACAAGAGAAUGGACGUUUCCUGCAGGAAACGUGGGGGAAUUGCUGAAAAUGAUGUCGACACAAGAUAAACAG